UCUUUCAUGAAAAUCAACCAUAACUCAAUUUGUCACACGUGGGUCUCUCCCAGUCAUUGCCAAACUAGCACUGAACUCCGUCGGUGGUUCGACCACUGUGAGAUGCUGCGACUUGAAGCUCAUACGAAGCUUGCGCCUGAGUCACUAGGCGUUGUAGACAAGGCUAGCAAGGGAAGACUUCUCUUAGCUCUUGCAUCCCGAGCAUAAUUUACAGUUUGAAUGCGAAUUUGCAAUCAUGGCAGAUCAAUCCCAGCAACAGCUCCCGAGCACUGAUAAUCCAAGUACUGUUAAAAUCCAGGAUACCACUUCAGAAAGCUUUUCGUAUAGUCCACUCGAAAACACGGACUCGGAACGCAGUAUUCGACUAAUUAUGAUAAAACCAGUCAAGAGAUUGACGUCCGACAUUGAAUGCGAGCUUGUUCAUGUCAAAUUCGGAGAUAAACCCAACUAUGAAGCGCUUUCUUAUGCUUGGGGCAGUGACCUCACCACCAGGGCAAUUAAAAUUAAUGGGAAGACCCUUCUCGUUCGGGAGAGUCUUUGGAAGGUGUUGGCCAAGCUCCGACACCGUGAUGAGCCACGGUGUCUCUGGGUCGAUGCGAUUUGUAUCAAUCAAAGCGACAUUGCAGAGAAAAAUUCGCAAGUACGCCUCAUGCCGCACAUAUACAGAAAAGCAACAACCGUGAUAGUCUGGCUAGGGAUAGUACCAGUUGAUAUGCUUUCAGCUCUCAUCGCGUCGGGCUACUGGAACCGAGUGUGCAUAGUUCAGGAAAUCGGCAAAGCCAAGACGAUCCGUGUUCACUGGAAUUCAAAGAGCUUGACUUGAGACAGCUUCACUGCAAAGCUUGAAUCUGAUACAGUUGGUCGUGACUCGCUGGCACUG